CGUGUACAAUCAUAUGGAUGGACUUUAAACCAGGACUUAUUGUCUGUAGGUUUUUCCUAAUGAUUUAUAGAGCUAAAAUGUGUAACAGCGCGUAUGUAUAAUCGUUCGGCCCUGCCUUGAAGCAUCUUCAGCUACUAAGGGAAAAAAAGAUGCCGCUGUAAAACUUUUCAGUGCUAACGAGAGAAAGGGGAGAGAACUGACACGAUGGCAGAGGACGAUAAAACAGAGUGAAGAACUUUUCUCACGGCCCUUCGUCAUCAAGGAGGACCAGCAUGAUCACAUAGAUACCAUCUUUUGGUUUAAGGAAAAGAGUAAAAAGUUCUCGGCGAAGUAUGGCGCGAGAGACCGGAGAGUCUGAAGAAACGAAAAGUAACAAAGUGAAAAAGCAUAAAAGAAGGAAAAGCAAAAAGGAGAGCAAAACCAGGAUUGUACACGCCAACAUUUUGUAUGAUCAUACCAAAGGGGUGGAUAACCCCAACAGACACUAUGCAAACAAUAAGAUCAAAACCACAAAAUACACUCUGCUUUCUUUCCUACCGAAGAACCUCUUCGAGCAAUUCCACCGAUUUGCCAACGUGUAUUUUGUUUUCAUAGCAUUACUGAAUUUCGUGCCUGUGGUCAAUGCUUUUCAACCGGAGUUGGCUCUUGCCCCUGUGGUUUUUAUUUUGUCCGUUACCGCUAUUAAGGAUUUAUGGGAAGAUUACAGACGACACCGAUCUGAUAAAGAAAUAAAUCAUUUGGAUUGUCUCGUUUACUGCAGGAGUGAGAAACGGUAUGUUGAGAAAUACUGGAAAGAGGUGCGGGUCGGAGACUUCAUUCGUCUGCGCUGCAACGAGAUUCUCCCGGCGGAUGUUCUGCUGCUCAGCAGUAGCGACCCUGACCGCCUGUGUCACAUUGAGACGGCCACACUGGAUGGUGAAACCAACCUCAAGCAGAGGCAGGUGGUGCGCAGCUUUAUCGACCUGGACUGUGAGUUUGACCCAUUUAAAUACAACAGUGUUGUUGAAUGUGAGAAGCCCAACAAUGACCUCAACCGAUUUCGUGGAUACAUAGUCCAUCGCAGUGGGAGGAGAGACGGCCUGUACAAAGACAAUCUGCUGCUCAGGGGCUGCACCAUCCGCAACACAGAGGAGGCUGUAGGAAUCGUCAUCUAUGCAGGUCAUGAAACAAAAGCAAUGCUGAACAACAACGGCCCUCGUUAUAAACGCAGCAAACUGGAGCGGCAGAUGAAUGUAGAUGUGUUCUGGUGUGUCAUCAUCCUUCUGGUCAUGUGCCUCUUUUCCGCCAUCGGACAUGGCCUGUGGAUGUUCCAGUAUGGAGAUAAGAGGCCUGUCUUUGACGUCCUGAGCCCAGAAGGAACAGAUUUAUCUCCAGUGGUCUCAGCCAUUUAUCUCUUCCUGACCAUGAUUAUAGUUUUGCAGGUGCUGAUCCCAAUCUCGCUCUUUGUUUCCAUUGAAAUAGUGAAGAUAUGCCAGGUGUACUUUAUCCAUCAGGACAUGGAGCUGUACGAUGAGGAAACAGACUCUCACCUCCAGUGCAGGGCUCUGAACAUCACAGAAGACCUGGGCCAGAUGCAGUACAUUUUCUCUGAUAAGACCGGCACUCUCACAGAAAACAAGAUGGUGUUUCGCCGUUGUACUGUGGCAGGAGUCGAGUACUCGCAUGAUGCCAAUGCGAAGAGGCUUGCUAUGUACCAAGAAAUGGAUUCAGAAGAGGAGGACUGUACAUCUCAUGGUGGAACCCUUCCACGGCGGGACAGCGUCACCAGCCACCAGAGUGGAAAAGUAGUGUUGCGAUCACAAAGCACCAAAUCUCACCGUCGCACCGGGAGCAGAGCCGAAGCCAAACGGGCCAGCAUUCUGUCCAAACACACUGCCUUCAGCAGUCCCAUGGAAAAGGAUAUUACUCCAGAUCCCCAGCUCAUGGAUAAAGUCAAUGAGUGCAGCAGUCAGAUGGAGUUCAUGCGUUUUCACAGUCAGUCCCUGAACCAGAUCCCUCCUGACCUGUGUGACGUCUUUGACUUCUUCAUUGCUCUCACUAUCUGCAACACUGUGGUUGUGUCCUCACCCAAUCAACCCCGGCAGAAGGUGCGUCGCUACGAGUUGAAGUCUCCGGUGAAGACCAUCGAGGACUUCAUCAAGCGCUUCACUCCGAGCCGCCUGACCUCUGGCUCCAACAACAGCAGCUCAUCCAGUCUGGCCACCAACCGCUCGUCCUCCCAUAAAGUGGGCUGCAGCAUGCUGUCCUCCCCCUCAGCCGAAAGCACACUCACAAAGCUGAAGGAGGAGAAACGUCCGGAGCAUGACCUGCAGCAUGCCUUCAGUCCCGUCCCACCCAACUUUGAUAAAACAAAAGCUUUGGCUCAGGAUGAAUGCGAGCUCAGAUAUGAGGCAGAGUCACCAGACGAGGCAGCGUUGGUUUAUGCAGCUCGGGCCUAUAAGUGUGCUCUUGUCGGCCGUUUACCGGACCAGGUGACCGUGGAGCUUCCACACUUGGGCAAGCUGAGCUUUGAGCUUCUGCACACACUGGGGUUUGAUUCCACAAGAAAAAGGAUGUCAGUGGUGGUAAAACACCCACUGACUGAGCAAAUCACAGUUUACACCAAGGGUGCCGAUUCAGUCAUCAUGGAUUUGAUCAGAUCAGCCACAGAUGAUUGCAAAGGAAAACGACAAAGGAAAAUCUUGUACAAAACUCAAAACUACUUAAAUCUUUAUGCUGCAGACGGUCUCAGGACACUCUGUAUCGCCAAAAAGGUUCUCACUAAGGAGGAGUAUGCCAGUUGGCUACAACUCCACCUGGAAGCCGAGACAGCCAUACAGAGGAGGGAGGAGCUGCUAUUUGAGUCUGCAUUACGACUAGAGACCAACCUCCAACUUCUGGGAGCAACAGGUAUUGAGGACAGACUUCAGGAUGGGGUUCCCGAGACCAUCGCCUCUCUGAGGAAAGCAGGCCUUCAGAUCUGGGUGCUGACAGGAGAUAAACAAGAGACUGCCAUCAACAUUGCCUAUGCAUGCAAACUGCUGGACCCAGAGGAGGAGAUAAUCACUCUUAAUGCUGACUCACAGGAGGCCUGUGCUGUAUUGCUCAAGAACAGUCUGCAAUACAUCCAGAAGAAGUUCCUUUGCGACCCUCGAACAGAUCCUCAAGCAGCUAGAGACUAUGCUGGCCUCCACUUCUCUUCUCCGGUGUGUUCCCCGGCCUCCUCUGGCCACUCCAGCCCCUUCCUGGUGCACCGGCUAGGGCUGGUGAUCGACGGUCGAACCUUGGCCUACGCUCUGGACAAGAGUUUGGAGGAUGACUUCCUGGCUGUGGCUCGAAGUUGCAGGUCCGUUCUAUGCUGUCGCUCGACACCCCUGCAGAAGAGCAUGGUGGUCAAGUUAGUGCGGAACAAGCUCAAGGUCAUGACGCUUGCAAUAGGUGACGGAGCUAAUGAUGUUAGUAUGAUCCAGGUGGCUGAUGUAGGGGUGGGGAUCUCUGGACAGGAGGGCAUGCAGGCAGUAAUGGCCAGUGACUUUGCCCUGCCAAGGUUUCGAUACCUGCAGAAGCUGCUCUUGGUCCACGGCCAUUGGUGUUACUCUCGUCUCGCCAACAUGAUCCUCUACUUCUUCUACAAAAAUGCUAUGUUCGUUGCCCUCAUCUUCUGGUAUCAGUUCUACUGUGGGUUCUCUGGGUCAGCCAUGGUUGAUCAGUGGUACCUGAUCUUCUUCAACCUGAUGUUCUCCGCAUUCCCUCAGCUCGUCACCGGCACCCUGGACAAAGACGUGUCAGCAGAAACCCUGCAGGAGUUCCCGCAGCUCUACAUGAAUGGACAAAACUCAGAGGAAUAUAAACCCUACAUGUUCUGGAUGAACAUGAUUGAUGCAUUCUACCAAAGCCUCAUCUGUUUCUUCAUCCCUUACUUUGCUUACGUUGACUCUGAUGUGGAUUUGUUUACAUGGGGCACUCCCAUCACCACCUUGGCACUCUUCACCAUUUUGCUGCAAUUAGGCAUAGAAACCAAGACCUGGACAUGGAUGAACUGGCUGUCGAUUGGCUUCAGUAUAGCUCUCUUCUUUAUUGUGGCACUGUGCUACAAUGCUUCCUGCCCAACCUGUUUCUCUCCCUCCAACACUUAUUGGACCAUGCAGAGGCUACUGGGAGAACCUAUAUUCUACCUGCUGUGUGUUGUCACACCUAUUGCCGCACUUCUUCCCAGAUACUUUUACAGAGCUUGUCAGGGAAAUCUGUUCCCAAACCCUGUCCACGUCGGAAGACAACUGGACAAACUGCCAAUGGACAUGCGCAGGAUCUUCCUGAGUCAGAUGAAGCUGGGCUCCCUCGGAUCACUGUUUCCCCCCCGCGCCCCGUUCUUCCCUCUCUGCAGGCCCUUUCAGAAAGACUACAGGCCCAGGGUAAAGCAAGCCCACAUGGGUAGCACCAAACAAAAGGAGAAAGCUGUAUCCAGCCCCAUCCCAUCAAAGAGCAUGGACAUGCGGGACACACCUUUAAGCUCAAAACAUUCUGACAAUCAUAUGACACUCAACAUGAGAAUGCAGGAAAAAGUUCACUCCUGCAGACAGGGCUCAGACGGCCCUCUGUUGGAGAACUUGCACUGCGUGAAGGAACCUUCGAGUCCCACCGCAGACACUCUGCCAUACACCAAAGACACUCCAGCCUCCAGGACUAUUUUGGAUAGCACAGGCUUGGAGGUCCCGCUGAGCCCGACAGACCUCUGUCAGGUCAGGUUGCUCACCUCCACUCCCUUGCUUCCUCAAACAGAGACUAUGCAACUCAUGACGCCACCCACCUUUUUUUUGGGGCAAAAGCUGGAAGACGAGGACCAUUCGAGCCAAAAGUCUCUACUGAAACAAGCCGGGGAUGUGGAUCACAACCAGUCAACUAGCUGCCUACAAGAACAUUCACUCAAAACAACGUUUCUAUGAUGCUUUCAAACUGUUACGCUUAUUCAAAUUUGCACGUUAGCUUUAAGAAAUAUUAUAUAUUCAAUAUUAUUUUAUGAAGAUAUAGGUUGGUACUACAUUUAUAUAUAUUUAGAUGUGUAAAGUUUAUCAAGUAUUUUUUUGUUUGUUUUUUUGAGAGAGAGAGAGCGAGAGAGAGUGGCCAGCAUAUGCAAACUGGAUAGUCUUAUGAUUAAUGACUGAAUUUUUAUUUUAGUUUUUUUAAAAACAUCUCAAAAGUGGAGGAGUUUUGUAUCUCAAAGCAGAGGCAGUACACAGACAUUCCUUUAUCUGUUUAUUUGAACCUGGAUGUUUAACCUGGGUGCACUUUAAAGACCCGUUAGACACUGCUGAUAGCACUACACUCGUACUUCCCCAUCCCAGAACGAAAAAAUCAUGGUACCCUUCAAUGUCAUGAGCUACAGGAAAUUCGGUAACUCUUUACGAAAAGAGUGCAUGAGAAGUCCUGAUCGAAUAAAGGCGUGAACUAAUCAAGAACUAAUAAUGUGUGACGGGAGUCACUAAACACAGCUUUAACGUCAUGUUAGCACAUAUUUGUUGUAAUACCCAACACUCAACUAAAUCAAAUUAUUUCUAUAAUCCUGGCAAAACCUGCUCUGACUUUCAUUAAAUAUGCAUGAUUUUAA